ACGACAUUGCCCAUCCAACCCCAUUUUCGAAGUUCCUAAUACAGUAAAGUAUUAAUAUUGCCAAUUCAACCCCAUUUUCAAAGUUCUAAUAAAGUAACUGUCACCACAUUCCAAUUCUCAAUACUCGCACAAUCACAUCCCAAUUGCAGGUUGACGAACGCAAGGACAAAAUGACAACCCCACCCCCACUCCCCCUCCAUCCAGACAUCAAGCAAUCCUACCUCCCAACCCAUGACCUAACAUACCACACUCUCUCCGCCGGUUCCCCAUCGAAUCCUCUCAUUCUCCCCGUCCAUGGAUUCCCUGAACUCGCUUUCUCAUGGCGCAAGAUAAUGGUCCCACUUGCAGCCGAGGGCUACCAUGUAGUGGCCUUUGAUCAACGAGGCUAUGGCUUCACAACAGGUUGGGAUACCCGUUCCUUCGAUGAGGUAGAUAUGAAGACCUUCUCAUUCAUACGAUUGGUCCGGGAUGUGGUUAUAUUAGUAAAUGCUCUGGGUCAUAAGGAGGUGGAAUGUGUCAUCGGUCAUGAUUUUGGAGGGUUGACUGCGGGAACGUGUUCGUUGAUUCGGCCUGAUGUAUUCAAAUCGUAAGUCUUUUUCUUUCCAGAUAUCAAGACAUUGAAAAUGACACACCCCAGUGUAGUAGUAAUGUCCCACCCCUUCAAAGGUGCUCCAUCUCUCCCCUCCGCUCCCAAUUCCACUUCUGCCCCAGGAGGGAAGAAAGAAGACGUCCACCAAGCACUAGCCUCUCUAGAUCCUCCCAGAAAACACUACAAAUGGUACUACUCCACCCUCCCCGCAGCAUCAGAAAUGCUCAACCCAAAGGAAGACCUACAUACCUUCCUCCGCGGUUACUUUCACCUCAAAUCCGCCACCUGGACCCCCAACAACCCGCAUCCCCUCUCCUCCUGGUCCGCUCCUGAGCUCUCCCAAAUCCCAAGCUACUACACAAUGCCCCUCCACGCCUCCAUGCGCGAAGCAGUAUCCCUCUCCAUGGCCGGCGAAGACCCUCUCGCUAGCACCUCCUGGCUCAGCGAGCAGGACCUCGCAGUCUACACUGAAACCUGGGCGAAAACUGGUUUCCAAGGUGCCCUGAAUUGGUAUCGUGUUGCCACCAAUACUGCCAGUUUGGUGGAGUUGGAGGUUUUUGCUGGGAGGACCGUUGGUAUUCCGGCGCUGUAUGUGGCGGGUGAGAAGGAUUGGGGGAGUUAUCAGGAGCCUGGCGUGCUGGAGGGGAUGGGGAACGUGUAUACUGAUUUUAGGGGUGUGGUGAUGGUCAAGGAAGCUGGGCAUUGGGUACAACAAGAGCAGCCUGAGAAAGUGGUGGGGGUUCUGGUCAAGUUCCUAGGAGAUGUUAGGAGGGAGAGGGUUAGUUUUUGAUGAUGAGUGCGAUGGGAUGGGAUAGGGGAUGACCAACUCGUUGAAUAACUUGUUGAUUUGAUUGAAACUCCACACAUGGUAUUCGGGCACUUCUCCUUUUUGCUGUACCUUAACGGUUGUAUCUUGUCAUGUCAAAGAUAUUCCACUCUGUCCCUUCGUUAGAGGAAACCAAAGAGAGAAUCAACCAGCUUCUCAUUUG